GUUUUCUCACCCGAACAAGAAGAAGAAUUAGUGGUUUACAUUAAAAGAUGUUGCGAUCAUUAUUAUGGCCUGAGUAUAGCAGACCUCAGAUUGCUUGCCUACCAGUUCGCCAAAAAAAUUGAUGCUCCAUACCCACCAAGCUGGGAUAAACAUGAAACUGCAGGCCGAGACUGGUAUUAUUCCUUUUUGCAGCGGCAUUCAAGCCUGACUUUACGAACACCAGAACAAACCAGUUUAAAUCGCGUCAAAGCUUUCUGCAAAGAGAAUGUGGAACUUUUUUUCGGAAAUUUAGAUAAUAUUCUAACAACUCAUCCAUUUCGACCAUCAAAUAUUUGGAACAUGGAUGGAACCGGUUUUUCCACGGUUCCAACAAAAAUUGGAAAAGUAAUUGCAGUUCGUGGCAUAAAAAAGGUCGGCCUAAUGUCAUCUGCUGAACGAGGAAGGAUGAUUACUAUGACGUUGACAGUGAAUGCAGAAGGCAAUUCGAUACCGCCAUAUUUUUUGUUUCCAACAAAAAAAAUGCAGUGUUGUUACAUGGAUGAUGCAUCACCUGGAGCUGUUGGAUUUGCAAAUGAGUCGGGGUGGAUGUGCCAACCAGAUUUCGUGAAGUACAUGAAACACUUCAUUGAACGAAGUAAUUCGUCGUUGGCAAAUCCAACGUUACUCCUGAUCGACAACCACAGCUCGCAUUUAUCUGUCGAGGUUUUGGAUAUGGCCGUAGAAAAUGGCGUGACGCUUUUAUCGUUCCCAGCCAUAAACUACAACCUCUAG